GGGUGCUGUUGGUCAGCUUGUUGGGCAAUUCGCAAAGUUGACAGGCUGCUAUGUUGUUGGAAGUGCUGGAAGUAAAGAAAAGGUUGAUCUGCUCAAGAACAAGUUUGGAUUUGAUGAGGCUUUUAACUAUAAGGAAGAGCAUGACUUGAAUGCAGCCCUUAAAAGAUACUUUCCUGAAGGCAUUGAUAUUUACUUUGAAAACGUUGGGGGAAAAAUGCUAGACGCUGUACUUCUCAACAUGAGAGUUCAUGGCCGCAUCGCUGCCUGUGGGAUGAUCUCACAAUACAAUGCUGACAAGCCUGAAGGUGUAAGCAAUUUGAUGAACAUUGUGUAUAAGAGGGUCCGUGUGGAAGGAUUUCUAGUCCUUGAUUACUUACAGCAAUAUUCCAAGUUUCUGGACACAGUUAUCCCUUACAUCAAAGAGGGAAAGAUAACAUAUGUGGAGGAUAUUGCAGAAGGUCUGGAGAGUGGCCCUGCUGCUCUUGUAGGACUCUUUAAUGGCCGGAAUGUGGGAAAACAGGUUGUCGCGGUUUCAAGGGAGUAAUCAGCCAACCACUGUUAGCCCAAGUGUUUGCACCAUUUAUGCGAAUGGGUGUAUUUUCCUUCUGGAAUAAUAGGCAAAUAAGCCCACGUAAUUAUUUGUUUUUGGUCUGUACCCUAUGGUGCGCAUUGCCUUGAAUUUGUAAGGCUCUUUCGUUUUAAACAACCUAUAAAUAAUAGAUAUUUUA